AUGGGGGUCGGUGACCAUGACAUCAUUAAUGAUCAGCAGAUCAAUGUAGCAGCGACGUUUGCAACCGUUGGAAAGUCCAUGGAAGUAAGCCGUGUUAGUGUCGCCCUUGAAGAUCCAAUUGAGGCGGCCCCUUUGUUUCCAGGAAAUCUGCAGCAUGAGUAUAGAAGUGGCAAUUGUGUGCCCUUGGAAGGUCAUGCAGUAAGGCAGGAGCUGAUUGUACUUCUCAGGUACCUGAGACUCUGCAUGUUCUUCUCAAAGGAGCAUUAUGAAGUGUUCCUAGAGUUUGGUGGAUAUGAGCAGAAUGAUAUUCUCAUAAGGAAGUCCAAGGCAAAGCUUAUGAAGCCCGCGUUCACGGUUGUUCGUGACGAAAGUACCAGAUGCUUCCUCCUUUUUAUCCGGGGAGCUAUCAGUGUUAAGGAUCGCCUGACGGCGGCAACUGCUACAGAGGUUCCGUUUCAUCAUGCUGUGUCACAAGAAGGCCGUGGAUCCUGUAUAGUUGUUGGGCAUGCACAUUGUGGAAUGGUUGCAGCAGCUCGCUGGGUUGCGGAUCAGGCCAUUCCCUGCCUCAGCAGAGCAGUCGAGCGAUUUCCAGACUACAAAAUUAAGAUCAUUGGACAUUCAAUGGGUGCUGCUAUUGCAGCUAUUUUAACAUACAUACUACGUGAGAACAAGAAGUUAUCAUCAGCUUCAUGUAUUGCCUUUGGACCAGGAAUAGAGAGGGUGUACGUAACAAUGAUGCACCACCUGCACUGUUAA